UUAAUGUUUGAAACACAGACACUUGGUGAGCCUGAAGAAUCCAUAGAGGAAAAUGAAGUUGGAAGGAGGAUGGUGGUGUGCUUUUAAAAAGGAGGCUUGGCUUCAGGGCUGGCAAGCAGCAAGGCAGCUGCCACACGGAGAACGAGGAGCUCCCUGUGAUCCAGCAGAAAGCUGGGCUGCAGCACAGGGAUGGCUGUGAGGUUGGCAAGUCUACUCUGCACCCGGAAAAUGCACAAGGGCACUGGGGAACAGCAGUUGCCUUUAUGAGUUUCCCUACACAUCAGGAAAUCUGAAAAAAUGGAAUUUUUACAUUCUCCAGCCAGCACUGAAAACGAAUGGGGAUUGAAUUGCUUUGCCUCUGUUUCCUAUUCCUCCAAAGAAAUAACUAUGUGCAAGGGACCUGUUCUCAGGAAAGCGCAGUGACUUGUGAAGAUUGUUUGCUUUCCGGACCACACUGCGCUUGGUGUUUGCAAGAGAAUUACACAGACUCAGCUGGAAUUCAUGGGAGGUGUGAUACCCCAGAAAAUCUUUUGUCAAAAGGAUGCCAGUUGAAUUUGAUUGAAUUUCCCAUUUCAGAAGUAGAAAUUCACAGAAACAAGCCCCUAACUAUAUCCACCCAGAAGAACAAUUCUGAUGUCACACAGGUUUCUCCUCAAAAAUUAACUCUCAGGCUGCGACCAGGACAUGAAGAAACAAUACAGAUCAAGGUUCGUCAGACUGAAGAUUAUCCAAUUGAUCUCUAUUACCUCAUGGAUCUUUCAGCCUCCAUGGAUGAUGAUCUGAAUACAAUCAAAGAACUGGGUUCAACUCUUUCUAAAGAAAUGUCAAAACUGACAAGCAACUUCAGACUGGGGUUUGGAUCUUUUGUUGAAAAACCAGUUUCACCAUUUAUCAAAACUACAGCUGCAGAAAUAAACAACCCUUGCAGAAGUGUACCAUACGAGUGCUUACCCACCUUUGGAUAUAAACAUGUUUUGCCACUCACAAAUGAUGCUGAAAAAUUCAAUGAAAUUGUGAAAGUACAGCGUAUCUCUGCUAAUAUAGACACUCCAGAAGGAGGAUUUGAUGCAAUUAUGCAGGCAGCUGUUUGCAAGGAAAAAAUUGGAUGGAGGAAUGAUUCUCUACAUUUGCUGGUGUUUGUGAGUGAUGCUGAUUCCCAUUUUGGGAUGGACAGUAAACUGGCAGGGAUUGUUAUUCCUAAUGAUGGGAACUGUCAUUUGGACGACAAUAAUGAAUAUUCCAUGUCAACUGUUCUGGAGUAUCCCACAAUUGGACAAUUAAUUGACAAACUUGUGCAAAACAAUGUUCUAUUAAUUUUUGCUGUAACGAAUGAGCAAGUUCACACAUAUGAGAACUAUGCAAAACUUAUUCCUGGAGCUACCGUUGGACGACUACAGAAGGAUUCUGGAAAUAUUCUCCAGUUGAUCAUUGCUGCAUAUCAGGAGCUGAGGUCUGAGGUGGAGUUGGAGAUCCUUGGAGAGACAGAAGGGCUUAGUCUCUCCUUCACGGCCAUCUGUAACAAUGGGACCAUUUUUCCACAUCAGAAGAAAUGCUCUCAUGUGAAAGUGGGAGACACAGUCUCUUUCAAUGUGACUGUAAGUCUCCCGUCUUGUGAAAAAAACAGAAGACAUCUCAUGAUAAAGCCUGUGGGGCUCAGUGACGUGCUGGAAAUGGAAAUACAUCCCCUAUGCAGCUGUAACUGUCAGGCAAAGGCCGAGAUGAACAGCCCAAAAUGCAACCAAGGGAAAGGAUCGUUCGAGUGCGGGGUGUGCGUCUGCAGCCCGGGGUAUGUGGGGCCGCACUGCGAGUGCGAUGAGAGCUCCCUGGGCACCAGUUCCUGCAAGGGCUCAGCUGGUCAGAGCUCCUGCAGCGGGAGAGGCGACUGCUACUGCGGACAGUGCGUGUGCCACCCGUCCCCAUAUGGAAAGGUGUACGGGCCUCACUGCGAGUGCGACAACUUCUCGUGCGGGAGGCACAGAGGGCUUCAGUGUGGAGGUAAUGGUGAUUGUGACUGUGGGGAAUGCAAGUGCCACAGCGGAUGGACUGGGGAAUACUGUAAUUGCACAACUGACGCCAGCGCCUGCAUUGCUGAGGAUGGAACACUGUGCAGUGGCAGAGGAGAAUGCAUCUGCGGGACAUGUGCUUGCACCCAUCCAGGGGCCUCAGGCCAAACAUGUGAAAAAUGCCCUCUCUGCGGUGACCCUUGCAGUUCCAGAUGGAGCUGUGUGGAAUGUCACUUGGCUUCCGAUGACAAGUCACUGGGAGAUUGCAGUGAAAAAUGCAAAUUGGUUGAUGCAACUGUCAGCAUCGAAAAGGAUUAUUCAGAGGAUAAAUCCAUUUCCUGCUCUUUGCAGGGGGAAAAUGAAUGUAUAACCACAUUUCUACUGGCUGUGGAUGAACUGGGAAGGACAGUCAUUCAUAGCAUAGAACAGAAAGAUUGCACACAACUUCCAAAUAUCCCAAUGAUAAUGGUGGGUGUCACCCUUGCUAUCCUUCUCAUUGGCAUUGUUUUACUUUGUAUAUGGAAAUUACUGGUGUCAGUUCAAGACCGAAAAGAGGUGGCCAAGUUUGAAGCAGAAAAAUCAAAAGUUAAAUGGCAAACGGAAACAAAUCCACUGUACAGAGGCUCAACAACGACUUUUAAAAAUGUAACUUACAAGAACCAAGAAAAGCAAAAAGGGGCCAUGGCUGCAGAUUUCUACUAGCACCUUCAACACUACAAACUUAGUUAUCCUGGCAGGGAAUCCAAAAACACGUGUUUUUUCUCAGCUGAUUAUGUCAUAUUUGUUUGCACCUUGCAGUGGUAUAACCAUUCUGUUGGAGAAAAUAUAUCUUGUGUUGGGAAAAAUACAGAUAUUAUAUUAGAAGUAAAGGUUGAUAGAAAUAUUAAAAACAUCCAAUCCUUUAUUAUUAAAGCCCCCAUCUUAAAAAAAUGGCAUCACAAAUAAUUUUGUCAUUAAUACUGAGGAUUAUAAAUUAUCAUAUGUAAGCCUAUAUUUGUUAAAUUAGGUAUUUACAAUGAGCUUUACACUACUUUGUUCAUACAAACAUACCAUAUAUUUGUGUUUAGGAAUGUAUUUGUAUCAGUCUAUCUGGUCGGCUGAUUUAAAUUUAAAGAAGUUUUUUUUUCAUGACGGAAGCUUAAAGUACUGAGGAUAGAGCUUCCUCAUACCACCUGUGUGACUGAAUAGUUUUUCAUCAGAAAAAAGUAAUGUUAUUGUCUGUCUUCUAUAUGUAAGUUAUACAGAAGUAUUUCCUCUCUGAUUCUUCUUUCUUGUCCUGUUUUCCUCUUUCCUUGUCCUUAUUGCUGUUUGAUGUUCUUUAAGGACCCAGUCCCUGGGGUUUUCUCAGGGAAAGCUAACUCAAGCCUUAUUCACCUGCAGUUGUUUUCUGCUCCAGGCAUAGACUGGUGAGUUUUUUUUUCCUUUAAAUUCUAGUAGAGAGGAUCCAGAGCAAAAGGUAAAUAUCUGUAAAUUAGAGGACCCAGUAGAGACACUUUUAAACCAGAGGAUUACCAGAACUCCAUUUCACAAUUUGCACCCUGAGAAUGGUUUAGACACUCAAAAUAAACCUCACAUGCUGGCCCAUCACACAAACUGGUUCAGGAGCCCUUGACAUGCAGAAAAUAUUCACACAAAAUAUUCAGUAUCACACACAAAGACAAUACUCUUUUGUUGAUAUAUCCAAAAUUCAGUGCCCAGCAGCCAAACUGUUUAGUCAUGUGUGAAAUAAAAUAAUCACAUUUUUUGGGCUGGGUUAUUUGGUUUUGGUUUGAUUUAGUUAUAUUCCCCCAAACUAAGCAACAAACAGAUCUAUGGAUUUCACUUCAUAUUCAUUUACAUUAUGUUAAUGAAGAAUUUUACAUCUCAGUUUUAGCUAGUUACUGAUGACUUGCCAUAAAUAUUUAAGUUGUAAUGCUGUUACCAUGCAUAGCACCAGAUAAAAAAGCCCCAAAAAGCAGCUAACAUGCUGGCAGAGAAAAAUUACAACAUUGGGCUAUUUUAAAAUAUCACUAAUAUACUUCACUUUUUAAUAGCCUUUUCAGCUGCAUUUUUUGCUACUCUGAAACAGAUGGUCAAAAGGUACAUAUGAAAGUACUUAGAAAACUUAGAAAUCAAAGAUACAUUGACACAGUCACAAACAAUCUCAUACAUUCCCUGUAGUAAAUCAUGUAUUUGAUCUAAAAAAAAUUAUGUCCAUUUUGUAAUAAAUAUUUACAAAGUCUGCGCAACUUCAGUCUCCAUAUCUCCAGUUUCUGGAAGUGAGACUGACCCAUGCCUGUUUUAGGGCCUGAUCCAAAGCCUGCUGGAGUCAGUGGCUACAGAUGAGGAUCUAGUUUCAGUGAAACUAUUAGUUUUCAUUUACAAAGAUUGUUUUGUUUAAACAAACUGAUUAAUACUCUCUGUUAGUGGCUAGAACUUAUAGUAUAUAUUUCUGUGCAAAGAGAAAUAGUAUCAGAUGCCUUUGGAAAGAAGGUGAUGCAAU